ACAUAUAGGACCAGAGUGGCCAUUCUUUAAAUGAUUAUCCACCCACUACCUUCUUUUUCCAUGUACUGCUACUAACAUUAUUGCCUAGCUAGAUCUGUCAUUGCGUUCACACCCAACAUCAAAAACAUGGAAGCCCUCCUCUCCCAAUUCACCUUCCUUUCAGAUCAAGCUUUACAAGACAAGAACUUUGAUCCAUCGACCAUCGAAGACCUGAUGAAGCUCUUUGAGAUCGAAUCUUACAAGGCAUGGGCGGCUAUGGAACUUGAGCAAGAAAAAGAAGUGAAAGAAGCUGAAACAACCAUGCAGGAAGCUGAGGAUUAUCUUGACUCUGUCAUGGAAAGUGCAAUGGAUGAGUUUAGGCGCUUUGAGGAGGAAAUGGAACGCAGGUCAAAGGCUGAACUGAACGGCCUGGAAGAGACCGCUGAGAGAAGUAGAAAAAUGGGAAACUUGAUGGAAAAAAAUGCAACUAUUGCCUCCAAAAAGUAUAUUGAGGCAGCAGUGAAUUCUGCAACUGCUUCCAUGAAAUCAGCGUGGAAGGGGCUUUCCUCUAACAAGGUUCAUCCUUCAUGAAAAGCAAAAUUUCUUUUGUAUUUAUAAUUGAAAGGGCCCUUUUGGGUUUUCUUUCAUUGUUAAUGUUUGUUGUAGCUUGCAUUACUUUUAAAAGUAGAAAGGUAAAGUAAUUAAAAUCCCCAUGAACUGGGUUUCAAAAACAUUGGCAAACCAUGUUCCAGGAAUAAGAGAUUUGCUAAGAUCAAGCAGGUAAUUUUCCGUUCA